AUGGGUCUGCAAUUCUCUGGCCCUUCGAGUUCAUUCUCAACCGCAAACCCAUCGUCAAAUGGUAAACUACCACCACCCGCAAUACAAAGAUUGUCAUCAUCCUCAACACCUAACAAACGUAAAUUACGAGUCAUAUUAAUCCAAUUAUUCGGUGUAUUCUUCUUACUUUCAUGGGGACUAUAUCCAUUCUUAUUGAAUAAUGAAGGUCUGACAACGAGGUUACAUCUUAACCCUGUGGUCGAAGCUUUAUUACCUCAAUCCCAUGAUAAAGCAUUAUCAUCUCUCCAUGUUAAUGAAAAGGUGCAUGUCGGAAAUGACGAAACUGAAGAAGAAGAUUCUUCAAAAGUCAAGGAAGCAUAUGUGACUUUCUUGUCAUCGAUCAAAGAUGAAAAUUAUCUAUUAUCAACAAGAUUGUUAAUGUUUCAAUUACUUCAUGAUCCAUUAACAGUAGAUAAAACUCAUUCUCGCGAUAUAGUCAUUAUAACCACCAAUGAAAUCAAUCAAGAAACAGAAGAUAUGUUACAAGAUGAAGGAGCUAUAAUUCAAAAAGUUGAUUAUCUAAUUGAUGGUUUUAUAUUACCCAAUCAAAGUCAACAUGAAGAAAGUCAACAACAAAAAUCAAAUAAUAAUCAUUGGAAAGAUCAAUACACGAAAUUACACAUAUUCAAUUUAACGGAUUAUAGCAAAAUAUUAUAUCUAGAUAAUGAUGUUUUUUUACUCAAGUCAUUAGAAGAUAUUUGGGAUUCGGAAAACUCGGAAAUACCUUUUGGUUUAGGUGGGAUAGGUGAAAGGUCAAAACAGAAUUACGUAGAGAGUGAUCUAAGGAUCGAACCAUCAAUCUAUGAUAAUAAUGCUGAAAGGGAUUAUCUAAAUGCCGGAUUCAUGUUAAUUAGACCUGAUCAAGAAUUGUUCGAAAAUCUGACUAAAACAAGAGGAUAUAAACCUUUUUACAUGGAACAAGCCCUCAUAAACCAUUAUUUCGAUUGGGAAGGUGAUCAUCCGUGGACACCAUUAGAUACAAAAUUCGUGUCCCAUUAUCCUAAAGUAUCAGAUAUGAAAGAAGGAUAUUACUCGCUCCACGCAAAGAUGUGGAAAGACCCAGUCGACGGAUCAGUCAAAGCCGCUUGGAGAGAAGGGGUACAGAGGAUGAAUGAUUUCUGGCAUUGGCAACGUAUCAUUUAG